AUGAGCUCGCCAGAGCAGCCUCCCGAGCAUCCCAAUGUCGAAAUCGAGGCAGAUGAACCGAAUGAAGCAGAAUCGGCAUUGGGGGACGAUAUUUCUCAAUUAACCCAAUCUAUCCGGUCCAGCCUGCUCCAGGGGGUCGAGGAAAAUGGCCGCAAAUACCACAAAUACAAGGAUGGCUCGUACAUCCUACCGGAGGACGAUAAAGAGCAAGACAGGCUCGACCUGCAGCACGAGAUGUUCCUCAAAUCCUUGGACCAGAAGCUGCAUCUAGCCCCCAUAGACUCCAAGCUCCAUGAAGUCCUAGACCUCGGGACGGGCACUGGAAUAUGGGCAAUUCAAUUUGCGGACGAGCAUCCCGAGUCGAGCGUCCUUGGCAUCGACCUGAGUCCCAUCCAACCCACGUGGAUCCCACCCAACUGCAAGUUUGAAGUGGACGAUUUUGACACGGCCUGGACAUUUGACAAACAGUUCGACUUCAUCCAUGGUCGAAUGCUCUUCACCGCCAGCGCGGAUUUUCCUGCUUUGUUCCGUCGGGCGUACGAUUCGCUGAAGCCAGGCGGAUGGAUUGAAAUGCAAGAUCUGUACAUGCCGCUCCUGUCCGACGACGGGAGUUUGGAUGGCACAGCAUUUGGAGAGUGGAAUGUGAAAUACAUGGAAGCUUGUGACGUCCUCAAAAGAAGUCCCUCGUUGACAGCCAAGUAUAAGGAAUGGAUCAUGGAGGUAGGUUUCGAGAAUGUCAAAGAACACAUCUUCAAAUGGCCCAUCAACCCGUGGGCCAAAGACAAGCAUCUGAAAACGAUGGGGCUUUGGAAUAUGCACAACAUGCUCGACGGGUUGGACGGAUUCACCGUCCGACUGUGGACCAUGGCCCUCGGAAUGACACCUGAGGAAAUCCAGGCGUUCCUGGUCCCGGUCCGGAAGGACCUCAGAGACACCAAGAUUCAUUCGUACUGGCGCAUGUAA